AAAUGAGAUCAAAUGGUAAAAUGUCUUUGCUGACGACAGUUGUAUAUUCGUGCUGUAUCGUUUUGAUAGCGCAAGCUACCUCAACGGAUUACUGCAGUCCUGAUGUGUGCAAUGGCCAUGUGGCCUGCGACAUGAAACCGGAUCAAUUCAACAAGUAUAAUUGCAAUGUCGAUGCUGAAAUUAUUCGCUUAACGAUGCAUGAUAAGAACAACAUAUUGAAACAUAUUAAUGAACUGCGCAAUACUGUGGCACUCGGCAACUUGGAUGGUUUUAACGGCGCCUCCAAUAUGUCGACCAUUAGAUGGGAUGCCGAGCUUGCAUAUAUUGCAGAGAUGAAUGUCCGUAGCUGUACACUUCACCGUGAUAGUUGCCGCAAUACGAGGAUCCAUAAGAAUGUAGGGCAGACCACAGCUUAUGGAGGAGUCAAAGGCAAAAUUCGUUCCUCAUCGCAAUUUAUCACACAACAUAUUAAUAAUUGGUUUAAACAGUCUUCGCUGGCAACGAUGAAAGACAUUCUUAAAUACAGCGGUAUUGAAGACGCGCCACCGCAUAACUUUUUGCAACUCGUGCAUGAGAACGUCCAUAAAAUUGGUUGCGCCACUCUGAAACAGUCUAGACAUGAAUGGACUCAAAACUUUUUCACCUGCAAUUAUGACGAGGCUCCAAUUAAAGGUCAGCCAGUCUACCAUUCUAGUAAUCGCCCAGGAGACGGCUGCAUAUCUGGCAAAAAUCAAAGGCUUAAAGGUCUUUGCGCUAUAAUUGACGAUGAAGAUGAGGACGACCUCGAAACUAGAGAAGACGCUGAAUUUAAAACUAAACAUCCGAAUGAGAAUGCUAACAAUAAUCGUGCAGUCACAAGUAAUGAGAAAGUAAAUGACGCUAUACCCACCACUAAUGAUGACCAUGAAACUGAGAACAACGAUGAGGAUACGCCUAACCAAAAUGCUGAUCGUAACGAUCAUCGUGAAGCUGUCAACAAGCCUGACAAUCAGACCCAGCAAGCACACAAGAGAACUAUUGUGGCAUCGAAUAAUGAUGAAAUGUUAAUUGAUUUCAAGAAUGCUAAUGAAAUUCCUUCUGACAAUGAUGUGGACAGUGAGAAUAUGCGAUUUAGAGUACUUGAAGAAAAUAAAUGGCGAUUUACGUUUCGCAGAUUUUUGAACCAAAUUGAGGACGUUGUACGCAAAGGCAAAUACAAAAAUGUUCGGAUCAGAACUAUGAACCAUGUAGUGACCGUCGGUCUCAGAAAGUAAAUAACCCAUUUAAAAUCCAUUCCAUUAGAUGAGGUUGUCUAUGGGUAGUAAAAGCAAAUGACCAAGAGGACCCAGUGUUGCGUACAGUUCCAUA